UUAGGUGAUCUAUAUAUAUCUAUAUCGUAUAGCUUAUAGCUUAUAUCUAUUUUAAAUAACUUAAAGCCGCUAAAAUUUGGGGGGGAACAGCUUUCGCCCUGGAGCGGUGCGCGAUGCUGUCUCACGCCGACCUCCUGGACGCCAGGCUAGGUAUGAAAGAUGCCGCCGAGCUUCUGGGCCACCGGGAGGCGGUGAAGUGUAGGCUGGGCGUGGGGGGCUCCGACCCUGGGGGCCAUCCGGGGGACCUAGCCCCCAAUUCCGACCCAGUGGAGGGAGCCACUUUGCUGCCUGGGGAGGACAUCACCACCGUGGGCUCGACGCCGGCCUCGCUGGCGGUGAGCGCCAAGGACCCCGACAAGCAGCCGGGGCCCCAGGGCGGCCCGAACCCCAGCCAAGCCGGCCAGCAGCAGGGCCAACAGAAGCAGAAGCGCCACCGGACGCGCUUCACCCCGGCACAGCUCAACGAGCUGGAGAGGAGCUUCGCCAAGACUCACUACCCCGACAUCUUCAUGAGAGAGGAGCUGGCGCUGCGUAUCGGGCUCACCGAGUCCCGCGUGCAGGUCUGGUUCCAGAACCGGCGCGCUAAGUGGAAGAAGCGCAAGAAGACGACCAACGUGUUCCGCGCGCCGGGCACGCUGCUGCCCACGCCGGGCCUGCCGCAGUUCCCGUCGGCCGCCGCCGCCGCCGCCGCCGCCAUGGGCGACAGCCUGUGCUCUUUCCACGCCAACGACACCCGCUGGGCGGCGGCCGCCAUGCCCGGCGUGUCGCAGCUGCCGCUGCCGCCCGCGCUGGGCCGGCAGCAGGCCAUGGCGCAGUCGCUGUCCCAGUGCAGCCUGGCCGCCGGGCCGCCGCCCAACUCCAUGGGCCUGUCCAACAGCCUGGCCGGCUCCAACGGCGCGGGGCUGCAGUCGCACCUCUACCAGCCCGCCUUCCCCGGCAUGGUGCCCGCCUCCCUCCCCGGCCCCAGCAACGUCUCCGGCUCGCCCCAGCUCUGCAGCUCCCCGGACAGCAGCGACGUGUGGCGGGGCACGAGCAUCGCCUCCCUCCGCCGCAAGGCGCUAGAGCACACAGUGUCCAUGAGCUUCACUUAAUGCCGCCGCGCCCCGCCCGCUCCGUGCCCGGCGCCGCGCCCCCCGCCCCGGGGCCGCCCCGCCGCCCUCCCCGCGCGCGCCCGGGCCCCCGCUCCCUGCUCGGGCUCCUGCCCCGGCGCCCUCGCCCGGGCCCGACCUGGCCUCCGCCGCGUCUCGUCUUGUCCUCUUCUCUCCCUCCCCACCGGCUCGGGCCCACCCGCCGCCUGAUUUCGCUCGCCCGGGUUCCCUGCUUCCUCGGCCCUCCUCUUUCCUCCACCCACCCAGCUCUUUUCCCGGCCCUGUCUCCAGCGCAUCCUCCCACCCCUCCGCCCCGGACCCCGUCCCGCCAGCCCCGCCGGCCUCCCCCGCGCUCGCACGCGGCGCGCCCGGGCCUAACUCCCGGCCUUCCGACCUGCGGCGGCCACGCUCACACCUUCAACACGACGCCUACGACCCCCUCGCCCGCCGCCGCCACUUGGGCCCCUUCUUUCCCCGCACCUGCCACCCUUCCCUCCUCCCGCACCCUUGCCCAAAGCCUCCUUCCCGCCAUUUACUUACCAGGGAGUCGACUCAGGAUCUGAAAUCAGACACCAAUGGACUGGAUUGUGGGCAGAAAACACACACACUCGCACUCUGGCUCACUCGCAGACACUCCGCGCGCGCGCACACACAUACACACACGCAGUGCAUCUAGGUCACACACAGACGUGUUCAAGGGACAGCACAAUGUUAGGGAUUUUUGUCUUAAAGGAGGACAAGCCUCUGCUAACCAACCGUCUCAUCUGAGGGCCCAACUGAUGUAGUCAUUGGAUUUAUCCUUGCAUUUAUUGUUUCUCUGAACUCCUCUCUUUACCUCCCCUUGCCCCGUUCACGCAGUCACAUCCGUGCAAACCUCUAUUGGCUUGCCACCAAACGCUUUUCAUUUGAUCUUGUUUUGAUUUCUUAAGCACAACCAUGUGGGGAUGGAAGGGAAGGCUUCUCAGGAGGAACAUGCCAGUAGAUUAGGUGGCUGGAGUAGACUAAGGCAGUCAGUUGAUGAAGAAGAGGUGAUCCUACCCAUUUUGAUAAGUCUUUAUAAGGAAGAACAAAAUAGACGUGUAAGAAAACAUUCCUUUUGUAAAAGCAAAGCCACAUUUCUUUACUGGAUCUUUCAGGACUAGGAUUUGUCUGCUUCCUUUUCUGUUUCUCUCUCCUCACUGCUCUGUGCCCUUGGUUGUUUUGUGGUCGUCCUGUCGUCCCUCGUGCCCCGUGGCCCCUGCUGGCCACUGACAGGUGCACUUGGACAUCUACAAUCCUGCAACUUUGUACAGAGAAACACAAUCAGCUCUUUCUGCAUGUGCUGGUCAAAUCCAAACCCAGAGAACAGAAGCGCUUUCGAAGAAUGAACAUGUGAAAUAGGAUGUUUUGUGUAGAUAAAGCAUUCUUGUUACAUACUGGUCAAUUUGUGAUAUGAUUUAACUUAUUGUCUGUGCUUAUUUAUGGAAUUUGGUUUUCUUAAUAAAUGUUUGAGCUAAUAUAAAGCAUAUUAUUUGACUUUUCCGGACAAGUUUAUAUCAACUUAAAUGUAAAUGGAUUAAAAUAAAAUCAU